AUGAAAUUAUUCAAAACUCUUAAUGUCGUGUUGAGUACUGCACUUGAAUACACUCUUCUCCUUCCAUGGUAUUUGAGUAUGAUCUUUCAUUAUUAUAUUGUACAAUAUUUUAAACCUUAUUAUUUGAGAAAUAUUCAUUAUGGUGAACAUGAACGAAAUGAUGUGAAUAUUUAUUAUCAUGAUGGGAAUGUGGUUGGGAAUCAUGAUUCGCAUGAUGAUGAUGAUCAUUUCAAUACUCUUCGGAAUAAUAUUAGAACAACAUCUCUUCAGAAAUCCAACAAUACUUCUUGUCUCAAAGUUCUAUUAUUUAUUCAUGGUGGUGCAUGGAAUAGUGGUGAUAAAUUACUGUAUCAUAAUCUUGGGUGUACAUUGAGAAAUUAUUUACAAGAUCAUGUGAUUGUCAUUUGUAAUUAUCGAAAAUAUUCAAAAAGGAAGAUUUCAACAAGUAAUAGUGAUAUGAAUAAUAAGAAUAAUCAUAAGAAUAAUACUACCAGUAAUAAUCAUAAGAAUAAUACUACCAGUAAUAAUGGUAAUAGUACUACCAGUAAUAAUAAUACUACCAACCAAAUGGAUUCUACAAGUGAUCAUUAUCAAUUGAAUAGAUUCAAUGAAAAUUAUUAUUAUAUUGAAGAUCAAUUACAAGAUGUUGAAACAUGUAUUGAAUGGAUUCAUAAGGAAUUUAUUCAUCAUUAUCAUCAACAUUCUAAUCAUCAACAUUCUAAUCAUCAACAUUCUAAUCAUCAAGACUCUCAUCAUCAACAUUCUAAUCAUCAUAGACACUCUCAUCAAUCUUCUAACACCUCAAUUCCCAUCAUUGAUUUAUCGAUUUGUGGACAUUCCUCAGGUGCACAUCUUUCCAUCACUAAUCUUGUUAAAAAACCAAAAUUAGCUCAAUUAGUGAAUCGAGUCAUUCUAUUAGCAUGUGUGUAUGAUUUAGAAAAACAAUAUCAAAGAGAAGUUGAGAGAGGUGUUGAGAAUUUGAGUGGAUUGUAUCGAGUCAUGAGAGGAGAUUUGAAACAAUUCUCACCUUAUCACAUGUUACAAUCCCAAACAUUGGAAAGUAAGAAUGAACUGAAUCUGACAAUAUCAGAAGAGAGUGGUCAUGAUACUGUUGCUACUAGUAGUAGUAGUACUGCUGAAAUUUCCAAAACUGGUCAUCCAACAAACAUCACCACCAAGUGUUCACAUCAUUCUCUAUUGCAUACACUUUAUGAACAUAAUCCUAACAUUCAAUUUCAUAUUGUCAAUGGAGGACAAGACACGACUGUCUAUCCAGAAUAUGGAAAUGAAUUUAUUUCAAUGGUUACCAAGACCUCCUCAUGUGAGCAUUGUAACACAAAGAUACCAUCACCACAAUUAUUUCAUGUCAAACACUUUGAAAAUUUCAAUCAUGCAGAUUUUGUCAAGUUAUUAAUGGGAAUUCAUAGCAAUAGAAAGGAAUGUUUGGAAAAGAAACAACAAUUACUUUCAUUUCUCAAGUAUGAGGUACUUGGAUAUACCAAGAAGAAGAAGGCACAAAGUGAGUAG